AUGGUGUCAACACCAUGCAUAUACUAUCCGUUGCAACGUGAAGAUGUUAAUUUAAAAUUAAAGAAUUUCUCGAAAUUUUUUACUAUGGAAGUAUUGGCGAUUUGCUCUCUUGCAGGUGCUCUGAAUGUGAAAAUUUAUUUCACUCGGAAUUUGUGGAUUGAUUUAACGUCCUAG